UGGUGGCGGCUUUAUGGAACUGAAACACCAGCUCUACAGAAGAUGGCUACCAAGAUCCUAUCUUUAACAGCAAGUUCUUCUGGUUGUGAAAGAAAUUGGAGUGGGUUUGAUGGGGUGCACACUAAGAAGAGAAAUAGGCUUACUACAGACCGCCUCAACAAGUUGGUCUACGUUCAGUUCAACAACAGGCUAAUUAAUAAGAGAGCAAAGAUCAAGUCCAAGAAAAUUACUGAUGUUCUCUUGUCUAGUGGUCCAACUGAAGCUCAAGGUUUCCUCCAAGAGAAUGGAGAUGAUUGUGCAUUAGUCUCCUUUAGAGAUGACGAAGACGAGGAAGAAGUCAUGGAAGGUACAGGGAUACCUUGGUCUGUGCUUGGAGAUGCAGUGGGAGCAGAAGAACAACUAGAGCUGCGUAGAAGUGCAAGGGUGAGAGAGCUCAAUGAAGAAGAGUUUGAGUCCGAAGAAGAAGAGUUUGAUGAAGAUGAGGAUGAGGAUGAGAUGGAUGAAACCGGCGUGUGAGCCAGCUUCAUGUCAUGUUUUAGCUUUUAUUAUGCAUCCAUGUAUCUUUAACUUGUGAACUUAGAACUCCUGUUGUGCGCUUGUGUUUUGUGUUGUGGCUUGUGAGAACUGAAUCAU